AUGAGCAACAUAUCCCGCUUCAAUACAAAAGAUUCCUCACAGCCAAGGAUAGCUUCGACGGCUGCGAAUUUUAAACAUACCUCCUUCUCCGACUUGGGAAUAUCUGGCUCAUUGCAGGCUGCUCUCACGUCCAUGUCAAUACGAACGCCAACAGAAGUUCAGGCCGCAUGUAUACCUCCCCUUUCAUCAGGUAGGGAUUGUAUAGGCAACGCACAAACAGGCUCGGGAAAGACUAUUACAUUCGCUCUGCCGAUACUCCAAAAGCUUGCCGUGGAUCCCUACGGAAUAUUUGCACUAGUGUUGACACCCACUCGGUCAUUGGCCUUUCAAAUUUCGGAACAAUUUGCAGUGCUUGGGGCAGCGCUCAACAUUCGCACUGCCGUCAUAGUUGGCGGCAUGGAUAUGAUGGCUCAAAGUUUGGAACUUGGGGAUCGCCCUCAUGUCGUUAUUGCAACACCAGGUCGUCUUGUUGACCAUUUGAACAGUGGGAGCGGAGAAUGGAAUCUGUCUCGGGUGAAAUUUUUGGUCUUGGAUGAAGCGGAUCGUCUUCUUACACCGACCUUCGCGCCAGAGCUUGCCCAUCUGUUCGGGGUUCUUCCCAAAUCACGGCAGACAUGCUUGUUCACCGCCACCAUGACCGAUUCAAUCGAGAACUUGAUUAAUGCCAAACCGCAACCCGGGAAACAGAAGCCAUUCGUAUACAGGAUGUCCGAGACUAUUGAAACCGUAGAGACACUGAAACAGCACUAUAUUCUCGUGCCGUCGCAUGUUCGAGAAUCUUAUCUGUAUCACCUGCUGUGCAAUCCUCCGGAGUCAACGUUGCAUAUGCGGCGCGCACCACCUGAACCAGCAAAAAAAUUGGGGAAACCAUCGAAAUCCAGGCGAGAUAAGAAGCCGACGGAUGAAGAGGAUUUCCCAGAGCAACCGCCUCCGACAAUUAUAUUUUGCAAUCGUCCCCGAACAGCAGCGUAUCUGACGCUUGUCCUCAAGACACUAUCAAUACGAAGUACGGCUUUGCAUUCGCGGCUGACGCAGCGGGAACGACUCUCGUCACUCUCAUUGUUCCGGUCGUCAGUGGUGCCCGUCCUGGUGUCAACGGAUGUGGGUAGUCGCGGUCUCGAUAUUGAAGACGUCGCAUUGGUAAUAAAUUGGGACGUGCCCAUGGAGCCGGAGGAAUACACGCACAGAGUUGGUAGAACAGCACGUGCAGGCAAGGGAGGUGUCGCUAUCAGUUUUGUAACGGAACGUGACGAGGAUCGAGUAUUGCGGAUAGAGGAUCGAAUCAACACGCAAUUAACCGAGAUGAGUGUACCCGAGGCUAAGGUGCUAGAGAAAUUGAAUGCCGUGUCUACCGCUAAACGCCUGGCGAAUAUGGAAAUCCAUGACUCUGAUUUUGGGAAACGCGAAAAAAUACAGAAAAUGAAGCUGGGGGAUUCCCGGUCCGAGUCAGGAAUCACAGGACGCAGGAUAUGA